GAUUUGAUCGAAGCUGCGAUUCAAGCAGAAGAUACGUACCGGGGAUCCGAUGGAACAGCGCCAGUGAUGAUGAAGAUUGCAACAAAGAUGAAGACGGUAAUAGCGAGGGCUUUUCCGAUGCCGAGGGCAUGUUCAAUUUCGCCGAACCAUUUGGAGCCAAGGAACGAGGUCGCGGUCAGAAUGACCAGAAUUGGUGUUAUCAGAUAGGCAGGCUGCAAGUCUGGGGCCCAGUACUUGAUCUGAGCCGCGAUCACCGUGAGCUCGAAAGGGAAGACAAUGAGCCAGUUAAAGACGAAGUUCCAGCCCAUUGCGAAUCCCCAGGGUUCCGAUAUCAUGCGUCUCGAGUACUCGUAAAAGGCGCCUGCUACAGGAUACGCGGCUGCGACAACAUGUCAGCUUUUUGCUAUUGUUGCGAUCUGGCAUGUCGAUACUGGGAGGGACUAAGGGAUAGAGAUUGCGGAAGAACACCCACCGGCGAGUUCGCCCAGGCAGCCCAUGGUGCACGUUACGCCGAAGCCGACGAGAGCGAAGUUGAGAACGAGAGACAGAGGUCCGCCAGAGCCCAGAGCGGCACCAGAGCCGACGAAGAGACCGCCACCAAUGGAACCACCCAGCGCCAUGAAUACCAUAUGCCGAAUGGAAAUGUUCCGCUCGAGCUUAGCACCCUCGGCGGCGUCAAUAGGAUCGGACACGCCUUGGUCGCUGGGCGAUCUUGUGGCCCUCAUCUCCAACAUCGUUGCCUCCUUUUUAGGAGCCAUCAUGGAAAGGCCGGGAUAGAGGAAAAUACAAAGAAUGAGGGUGAAAGUGGCGAGAUUAGGGAACGAAUUUUGGGGAAAGAAGUGACAAGAUGAUGAAAGCCGAGGUGGGCACUCGGUUUAUAUGAAGGGAACGCAGCAGCUUCGAAGGACGGGCAUCCCGAUGGAAGCAAGGAGGGGCGGGACGAAAAUUCCACGGCACUCGACCACUCUGAUCGACUCAUGUAACGAUAACAAAGAUGGUUUAUGGGCAGGAUACAGGUCAUGAGACGAUCGAGACUUC